CUUUUAUGCCAGUCGGCGGUUAUUUUGAAAAUAUGAGUUGGUUUCCAGAUGAGGAUGGGAUACGACAAACGUUAGACUUGCUGCAUAAUUCUCAAUCAACUGACACAAACGUUCAAAGGGUUGUGCAUGAGAAAUUGAAUGAGUUGAACAAUGUUCCUGAUUUUAACAAAUACCUAGCAUUUAUCUUGACAAAUGCAGGUUCGGAAAGUGACAGCACGCGUUCUCUUAGUGGACUUAUUUUGAAAAAUAAUCUAAAAAGUCACUUUAAGAGAUGCCCUCCUGAACUUAUUAGUUACAUCAAGGAUGGGUGUUUACGAUGCAUCAGCGAUAGCUCACCUAUGAUCAGAUCAAUUGUCGGAAUUCUUAUCACCACCAUUGUAACUAGUGAUGGCAUACAAAACUGGCCGGAAUUGCUACCAAAGUUGGUCGAGUGUAUUGAUUCUCACGAUGUUAAUUUUAUGGAGGGUGCUUUUGGCGCGAUCGAGAAAAUAUGCGAAGAUUCUUCAUCUCAACUGGAAACUGAUCGUAUUGGUUGUCCUAUAGGAGUGCUUGUCUCAAAAUUCUUACAAUACUCCAGACAUGACAGUCCCAAAAUCAGGUCUCAUGCUCUUGCAUGUAUCAACCACUUCAUACAUAGUCAAUCUCAGGUUCUCUUACACUUUGUUCACGAGUUUCUGGAAUGUUUGUUCGCUUUAGCCGAAGAUGAAGAUCCAAAUGUCCGACGACAUAUCUGCUCUGCAUUUGUACAGCUUCUGGAAGCUCACUUGGAUAAAUUACUUCCGAAUUUACCUGACAUUAUUGAGUUUAUGCUUCUUCGCACUCAAGAAACCGAUGAAAAUAUUUCAAGAGAGGCAUGUGAAUUCUGGCUUUCGCUUUCUGAGCAACCCGUGUGCCACCAAGCUCUGUCGCCGUAUAUUGGGCGACUUAUCCCAGUCUUAGUUUGUGGAAUGAAGUAUUCUGAAAGUGACAUGGUGUUACUUCGAAAUGAUUUAGAAGAAGAUGCUCAUCUACCUGACAAGGAAUGCGAUAUUCGCCCGCGGUUUCAUAAGACAAAAAACAAACUUUUCUCUCCAGAGGACGAUGACGAAGAUGAAGACGACGAUUAUGUUUCCAACUGGACUCUCAGAAAAUGUUCUGCUGCUGCCCUUGAUGUGUUGGCUAGUGUGUUCCACACAGAUUUUCUACCUAUUUUGUUGCCACUCACAAAAGAACUUUUAUUUUCUCCUCAGUGGGAACUUAAAGAGUCUGGUAUUUUGGUCCUUGGUGCUAUUGCAGAAGGUUGUAUGAAGGGAAUGAUUCCAUACCUUCCAGAGUUAUGUCCGUUCCUCAUUGGUUGUCUGUCGGAUGAUAGGCCUCUCAUACGUAGUAUAACUUGUUGGACAUUAAGCCGGUAUUCUCAUUGGAUCGUCGGACAACCUCAUGAGCAAUACUUCAAACCUUUGAUGGUUGAGCUCCUCAAAAGAAUUUUGGAUUGCAACAAACGUGUUCAGGAGGCAGCCUGUUCUGCUUUCGCUACCCUAGAAGAAGAAGCAUGUACAGAUCUCGUUCCAUAUCUGGACCUCAUCUUACGAACUCUCGUGUAUGCGCUUAAGCAAUAUCAACACAAAAACUUGUUUAUUUUGUAUGAUGCUAUAGGUACACUUGCAGAUUCUGUUGGUCAUCAUCUCAACCGACCGGAUUUUAUAGAGAUGCUUAUGCCGCCGCUUUUUGAGAAGUGGAACGUUUUACGAGAUGACGAAAAAGACUUAUUCCCCCUUCUGGAAUGCCUUUCUAGCAUGGCUACUGCUUUAGGAACAGGUUUCCUACCUUACUGCGCUCCUGUGUUUAGUCGAUGUGUUAAUUUAAUUGAUAGAACAAUACAACUCAGCAAGCUACAUGCUCAACAACCAGAAGUAUAUGAACCACCAGACAAAGACUUUAUGGUGAUUUCUCUGGAUCUCCUAAGUGGUCUUAUGGAAGGUCUUGGAUCUCAGAUGGAACAUUUAGUAUCAAGUAGCCCUUUGGUAAAGUUACUGUGUGAAGCAGCUCAAGACGUCCAACCAGACGUCCGCCAGAGUAGUUUUGCUCUCUUGGGUGACUUAACAAAGGCAUGCUUUGCCUACAUCCAGCCUCAGAUUGGUCAGUUUAUGACAAUUUUGGCUAAUAAUCUCAGUUCUGAGCAUAUAUCUGUUAGUAACAAUGCUAUUUGGGCAAUCGGAGAAAUUUGUAUUCAAUUGGGUGAAGGGAUGGCACCGUUCGCUUCUUUGUUCAUUCAUCCCUUGAUAGAAAUUAUCAAUCGUCAAAGUACACCUAAGACACUCCACGAAAAUACUGCGAUAACUAUUGGACGUCUUGGUUUUGUUUGUCCUGGUGAAUUGGCUCCUCAUCUAAGCACUUUCAUUCGUCAGUGGUGUCUGUUUCUACGCAAUAUAAGGGACAAUGAAGAAAAAGACAGUGCAUUUCGUGGUAUUUGUAAUUUGAUUACACUCAAUCCUGCCGGUGUUUUACAUGAUUUCCUUUUCUUUUGUGACGCUGUAGCUUCUUGGAAUAAUCCUAAAGACGAUUUAAAAGAAAGAUUUAAUGCUAUUUUACAUGGGUUCAAAGUCCAGGUUGGAGAAGAGGAUUGGAGUAAAUUCUGGAGUCAGUGUCCUCCAAUGCUUCGUGAACGGUUAUCUCUUCAGUACAAUCUUUGAGAUUUUUGGUUUUUGAGUAAUGCAUGUUUUGGUCCUAAUUUUUGUUCGCGCCUACCCACUUUUACGUCGAUUCAAUGUUUUUACAAUUGGCCUUCGCGUUUUUUCCUCGAGUAUGGUUAACUAUCUUACAUCUCGCAUCCAGUGUUUUGAUCAACCAAGUUAACUGAUUCAUGUAAUGCGAUGAAAUUAGAAGAUCGUAUGUCGCUUUAAUAAUUCUCCAGUCUGUAUGUUUCACCGUUGGUCCAAUCACUGCCGUAUAUAACGCCAUCCGUUGGAAAUAUCGCUGUCAGUUCUCCGUUUUCCUUAUUUUUCACUUGCACAUGUUUUUCUGAGUUUUUUUUUAGAUAUUUGACAUGUUUUUGGUAUGUCAAAGAGCGUUUUGAACACAACAUGUUUUAUCUUUUAUUUUAAGGUAUUUCUACGGUUUUCUCUACCAAACUAUCUUUUUAAUUUCAUACGGUUCCAAGUCUAUUCAUCUUCUUUUUUUGUCUUAUAACUCUUAAUUUUUUUUACUUCCGGGAGUACUAGUUUGCAUGUUCAGAUAGGGCUAAGACUCGGGGAUGAUUAGGUUUAGUUGGGAUAGGGGAUUAAGGGUUAUAGUAGUCAAGUAGAUUAACAAUUAAGGCUUUCCUUUGGGUAUUAUUGAAAAUUUAAGGGAAUCAGGGAUUAGGGCACUAUUAUUCUCCCAACCGAAAUCUGGUUCGGAGUUAUCUCUACUAAAUAUAAAUAGUAGAAUUAAGGGGAAAACAUCUACACAUCCUACACUACUGUAUUUCUUCCAAUUUUGUAUUCAACUAAGUGUUGCGUUGUACUUUAUUCUAUUGUAUAUGUCGAUACCAUUUACUUUGUGAUCUUCAUUAUCGUAUACCACUUGUAAUAACAAUAUUGUACAUUUUAAACUUUUCUAAGUUCUUUUAUUAUAUGAGUUCAUCUAAGAUUGUGUUUCAAAAACUUAGUGUUCUUAAGUGUUUCAUCAAUCAAGUAUUGUGAGUCAUAUAUCUUUUAAAUUUUCAAACGGUUUUAAAUUCUGUGUUGUUUAUACAGUUGUUAUAACUCGUGCCCUUAUUAAUAUAUACGACGUAAUGAUACUGCCAAUUAGGGAGCAGUGAUUUGUCGUUCAGAUCAGUGACGCAUGAAACCUGCACGAGCAGGCCAAAGUAUAGAUUAUUUCGAAAACUUCGAUAGACCUAAAACAUUUUGAUUGUUUAGUAUAUUCUAUAAGACUCACGCCACGUUUAAUGUAUUCUCGCAAUCAAAGAGCUUGUGUAUUAUGAUGGGUUUUAGUCGGAUAAGUAUUUUACAGUGACUUGUAGUGUCUCGAUAUAUAUCGGUCCUUACAGAAUCUAGACUGUUGAUCUGAAAGUUGGAUCUACAGUAAGAUCUGUAGUUGAUGCUUGGAUUUCUAGUAUGUUAUCAUAUGUAGACUUCAGCCCUUGUGCCGCAUAAACCGCCAUCCCAAACCAUGUUUUCAACCGUGACUCUUUUGAAGCUCACCUGAUUCCUGGUGCAUUAUGUCCUUUGAUCUUCCUUGCCCUCAACAUUCCACGUCAAGGUUUGCUUCGUGAAGCUGUUUCGACGGCGUCGCUGCACGUACUGACUGUCCUAGGGGAACACCUCUCUAUAAUCAGCAGUACGACUUCGCCCUCAGAUCUUUUGCACACAAUAAGCAUAAUCAUGAGUUCAUCUUUAAAUCUGAAUAACGUCAUUAAAAUAUUCAGAAUGGGAACAAAAGACUACGCGAUAUAAGUUAUGCGAAGUCUUCCAUAAGGAAGAUACUGCUGGAAAAAAAUACAAGAGUUAGCCGUGCGCAUGUCGGCAUGAGAGACUGCGUUAAAGGACGACCUGCAGAAGUAGAUAAAAAUGGGUAGUAAACCUAUGUUUGAGGGUUUACACUUUUUGGAAUCUCGAAGCGCGAUGAAUCAAAGUUAUGCUCCAAAAUGAUGUACCUAUAAUUUGCGGUAACCGGUAAUAAACUGCAUUUGCCGCUUCGUUUUGCCUUCUGACUUCAUGCACACCGUUGAGAUUUAUGUUAUAGUGGUUAUCUAGGUUAGCGCAGCAAAGUUACCAUAGACUGUUUUGAUACAACUUGUGAAACAGUGAACAACAUGACAUCAAAAAAAUAUCUUCCAGAAAAAUCCUGAUGGCGAGAGAGAAAUCGAUAGAUAAUAUAAAAUCAGUAGAUGAUAUAGAUAUGCAAGUAUACCAGUAGGAGAAAGUUAUG